AUGUCUGGAAACCCUCUGAAGAAGCGAAAAAUUGCAGUGCUGGGAUCUCGGUCUGUAGGAAAAUCUUCUCUUGUGAAGCAAUUCAUCGAGAACCACUUCCAAGAUUCCUACUACCCCACCAUCGAAUCCACUUUUGCCAAGAGCGUCGUAUACAAGGGAGUAGAGUACGAUUGCCACAUUAUCGACACUGCUGGACAGGAUGAAUACUCUCCAAUCAACGCACAAUACGCCAUUGGGAUACACGGCUACGUACUUGUUUACUCCAUCACAUCGCGGAAUUCAUUCAACAUGAUCCAAAUCGUCUACGACAAAAUCGUGGACUUCUGCGGUGUCUCCAAGGUUCCUUGUGUCAUAGUUGGAUCAAAGAGUGACUUGUCGAUAUCGCGUCAAGUUGACUCUAAAGACGUCGAAACCUUGGCCAAGCAAAUUGAUUGCGCUUGGAUUGAAACGAGUGCUAAGAAUAACAUCAACGUCGGCAAAGUCUUCGAACUUUGCUUACAAGAAAUCGAACGGAUGCAAGCUCCCCACCAAAGCGAGCCUCAAGCCAAAUCCUGCGUUGUCAUGUAG